AUGGCCGGUAUGCACUUCCUGGUGGGAAUCUCCACCGAAAAUUACGUGAUUUUGGCUGCGGACAAGGCCACAUUCGCUUACGGAGCCAUUCUCGCAGACAGCGAAAAUGACAAAGAGUACAGACUGGGAAAAAAACUCACAAUGAUGUGCAUUGGUGAAGAAGGAGAUGUCGCUCAGUUCGGCGACUGGACCAAAAGAAACCUUCAGCUUUAUUCCGUCAGAAAUGGUUAUGAGGUGUCCCCAGCAUGCGCUCAUCAUUUCGUCCGUCGCAGCAUUGCCGAAGGUCUCCGUUCAAAAGAUCACUACACCGUCGAUGUACUUAUUGGAGGUUAUGAUGACAAAGAGGAAAAGGCUUUCCUAGGAUCCGUUGAUUAUUUGGCAAACGGUCUUGCUCAACAGCCAUACUUGUUCCGCGGAUUCUGUGGACGAUUCUGCUACGCUAUCAUGGAUCGUGAGUACAAGAAAGACAUGUCCGAAGCCGAGGGGCUUGCACUGAUGAACAAAUGCAUUGGCGAAGCCAAGAGACGCUUCGUCGCUAAUAUUCCUGGAUACAAGGUGGUGAUUAUCGACAAGAAGGGAUAUCGCAAGUUGGAUGACGUCCUUUUCUAA